UCCUCCUCUCCAGCAAUACGCGAUCCAGCUAGGGGAGGCGGGGAAGCAACCGGAGCGCGACCGCCGCGGCAGCCACCCUGCAGCCGCCGGGCGGAGGCGCGGUCCCUAGGCCCUGGUGCCCGGGCAGGCCCCUGGGGGAGUCGGCGCCGCGCCCGGAGAGCCGCCAGGUUCACUCCAUCCCGGCGUGGGGGACGCAGAGGAUAUCUCUGGAGAUCUUGAAAGAGCCUGUAUCAUGGAAUCGAUCUCUAUGAUGGGAAGCCCUAAGAACCUUAGCGAAACUUUUUUGCCGAAUGGCAUAAAUGGUAUCAAAGAUGCAAGGAAGGUCACUGUGGGUGUAAUUGGAAGUGGGGAUUUUGCCAAAUCGCUGACGAUUCGACUUAUUAGGUGUGGCUAUCAUGUAGUUAUAGGAAGCAGAAAUCCCAAGUUUGCUUCCGAAUUCUUCCCUCAUGUGGUAGAUGUCACUCAUCACGAAGAUGCUCUCACAAAAACAAAUAUAAUAUUUGUUGCUAUACAUAGAGAACAUUACACCUCCCUUUGGGACCUCAGACAUCUGCUUGUGGGUAAAAUCCUGAUUGAUGUGAGCAAUAACAUGAGGAUAAACCAAUACCCAGAAUCCAAUGCUGAAUAUUUGGCUUCAUUAUUCCCGGAUUCCCUGAUUGUCAAAGGCUUUAAUGUUGUCUCGGCUUGGGCACUUCAGUUAGGACCCAAGGAUGCCAGCCGGCAGGUCUAUAUAUGCAGCAACAACAUUCAAGCUCGACAACAGGUUAUUGAACUUGCCCGUCAGCUGAAUUUCAUUCCUGUUGACUUGGGAUCAUUAUCAUCAGCUAGGGAGAUUGAAAAUUUACCCCUGCGACUCUUUACUCUCUGGAGAGGGCCAGUGGUGGUUGCCAUAAGCCUAGCCACGUUUUUCUUUCUUUAUUCCUUUGUCAGAGAUGUGAUACAUCCAUACGCUAGAAACCAGCAGAGUGAUUUUUAUAAGAUUCCUAUCGAGAUUGUGAAUAAGACCUUGCCCAUAGUUGCCAUUACUUUGCUGUCCCUGGUAUACCUGGCAGGUCUCCUGGCAGCUGCUUAUCAGCUUUAUUACGGCACCAAGUAUAGGAAAUUUCCGCCUUGGUUGGAGACCUGGCUACAGUGCAGAAAACAGCUUGGGUUACUAAGCUUUUUCUUCGCUUCAGUCCAUGUUGCCUACAGCCUCUGCUUACCAAUGAGAAGGUCAGAGAGAUACUUGUUUCUCAACAUGGCUUAUCAGCAGGUUCAUGCAAAUAUUGAAAACUCUUGGAACGAGGAAGAAGUCUGGAGAAUUGAAAUGUAUAUCUCCUUUGGCAUAAUGAGCCUUGGCUUACUGUCCCUUCUGGCAGUCACCUCUAUCCCGUCAGUGAGCAAUGCUUUAAACUGGAGGGAAUUCAGUUUUAUUCAGUCUACCCUUGGAUAUGUCGCUCUGCUCAUAAGUACUUUCCAUGUUUUAAUUUAUGGAUGGAAACGAGCCUUUGAAGAAGAAUACUACCGGUUUUACACCCCACCCAACUUCGUUCUUGCUCUUGUUUUGCCCUCAAUUGUAAUUCUGGGUAAGAUUAUUUUACUCCUUCCAUGUAUAAGCCGAAAGCUUAAGAGAAUUAAAAAAGGUUGGGAAAAGAGCCAAUUUCUAGAAGAAGGUAUUGGAGGAGCAGUUCCUCAUCUCUCACCAGAGAGGGUUACAGUAAUGUGAUGAUAAAUGGUGCUCACUGAUAAAUUAUAGAGUUCCACUCGUGCCAUUGUUUUUAUGACUUCCUUUUGCUCAUUUGCAAGUGCACUGUCAAAUUGAUGUGGGCUGAAAUCUAUCCAGUAAGAUCUCAACCAAAUUAGUGGUAGGAGUUUCUUGAAAUUAAUUUUCACAGAUGUCAUAUUUUGGCAAUAUGAAUUUUUGUUGUCAACUUGUCUAUUUUGUUUUGCACAUCCAUAACACUCCUAUUUUAACAAACUGUAUUCCAUAAUCAGGCAAAGAUAUUUCUGAUUAAUAAUAUAGAUACAACAUAAUGUUAAAAGAAAAAACUUGCAAACCAGCAGAAUCUUAAGUUUUAAUAUAACUUAAUGGAUAUUUUUUUUUCUGAAGCUUACCUAAGGUUUUAAUUGUUAAAUUAAUUUAAUUGCUAAAGAAAUAGAAAUGCAUAAUCACAUAUUAACUUUAAGAAGGGUCACAUUACAUUAGCAUCUCAGUAAGGGUAAAUGGUAACAUUCCUAUAUUUUUCUCAUAAAAUCAGUUUUGAAGAAUGUAAUUAAUUAUAUGAACCAGUGUAACCUGUGAACAAACACAAAUUUAAAAAAAUAGAAUCUGAAAUUAUAUUUGAAAUGCAAUGGAGAUGUGAAAUGCAUACUGAUAAUAUGUACCUCAUGAAAGAUUUUAUUCCUCAUCUUGUUACAGAGAGGUUUCAUUUGCAUGUUAUUAGGUUGGUUAGGGAGAAGACCAUGGUAUUUGGCUUCCAAAAGUGAUUUUUGUAAUAUGGUACCAAGCCUAGGAAUCUUACAGUUGUUUCCAGUUAGAGGGAAGGAAUGAAGUCUACCCACCAAUAGUUGUUGGUCAGCUGAUCUACGUUGUUGCACGCUGGCCAGUCCCACUCUAUCUGCUGUAAGAUUUUACUGACGUUCACUGAGGGAUGUUAACAUGCCAGGCACUGUUCUAAGCAUUUUAUUUGUAUUAUCCCAUGUUAAUUUUUACAACAACCCUGUAACAGAGGUAAUUAUCCUCAUUUUUCAUAUGAGAAAACUGAAGGAUAAAAAAAGUAAUUUGCCCAACGUCAUGCAGUUAGUUAAGAAGCAGAGCCAGCAUUCAAGUCUAGGCAGUCCUAUUUCAGAGGCUCCCAUCUCCAGGCUGAUUGUCUCUGCUCUGUCCCCGUGUGUUACCAUCAUGAUGCCAGUCUGGAUGCUUCCUCUUUUGUCAGUAGAGGCAUUAACAUUCUUUACAGUGUGCUAUGGGUACCAAAAAUUUAUGAAAAUAAUAGUCAUAAAUUUAUGAUUGCUUUGAGAUAAUCUACAGUUCUUUACCUUGCAAGAGGAUCUUGCCUGGGACGUGACCCUGGAGCCCCAUGGCAAUCCAUACGAUUCCCUACACAGUGAGGGCCUCUGGCAGAGAUAGGACCAUAGCAGUUUUAAUGAAUGUCUGAGGUCCUCCAGAAUCUUUAAAAAUCCUUGUAGAGUUGGUCAUUUCUUUUACUCUUCCUGAGAAGUCCUCCUGCCUGUUCAACCAUUCAUUAGGGAGCAGUUUGCAAGCAUGAAGGAUAUUAAGAAAAGUGGUUAAUUAUAAAUCUACUCUAGAGACAUACAGUUAUAUAAAUUAUUCAUAAAAUUUUUCAGUGCUGACAUUGCACAUUAAAAUUGCAUUUUGUUCAAACCUUGAUUAGAAUGCCCGACAUUUUUUCCCCAUUUGUUCUUUCCUUAUUAAACUAGAAAGGUGCAGAUAAGAUACAAGUAUAUGCAUUAUGUAAGUAUAUAUCCUGAAAUUAUAACAUUUCUAAACCUACCCACUGAGGUACUACUGGAUGCAGCUGCCAAAACAGAAGGAAUUUUGUAGGGUGGGUAGACCAGAGGGAAAGGGAGAGAGAGAAUCUUAAUCAGCCUACAUGCCCAGGGGCCCAGUGCAGGGCUUGAUCUCACGAACCUGAUCAUGACCUGAACCAAGAUCAAGGGUCAGACGCUUAACCAACUAAGCCACCCAGGCUCCCCUAGAAGGAGUUUUAUUUAGUAGACACUACCUUUCCCACCACUGGCUCUUUCCCUACUGCUGCACCUUGUCAAUUUGGUAAAUCUCUCAUGAUUCUCUGGCGGUCUCUUCUUGGUGAGUUUAAGUAUCUUGUACUUCUUAACUGAGCUCUCCAUUUUCUUUAUUUUAAUUCUGUUCUUUCCCUCUUGAUAAUCGCUUACUUGCUAGUCCAUAGUAGGAAUUCAGUUGGGUGAGAACUUUUAAAGGAAAAGACCCAUAAACUGUUGUAGCGCACUACUGAAAUUAACAGCAUAUUUUCAGUAUUUCUUCCUCAAGUUUCACUCUCUCAAGAUCAGGCUUUCACCAUUUAAUGUGAAAAUACAAUGAAAUAUCCAUUAAAGUUAGAUGACUCUUGAAUUAUAUUGCUGCAGGUGUAUAUUAAGUAGCCAAUAAUACAAAUAACAUUAUCACCUCUACAGAUAAAUGGGGCCUUUGAAAAUGUGAAAAAACAAAAUUUAUGAAAAUGUAUAUAGGAUGUAACUUUUGUUUCAAAUGAUAAUAUCGCCUUUUUAGUACUACAAAGAUGAAAUAAUUUUGAAGUUCUAGAAUAAAUGUAAUAAAUUCAUUAAAUUCUAAAUGUUUAAAAGCCUAUCUAAGAGUACAGAAAUAUUGACUUUUAUUUAUUUGACUUUUAAUUGCCUUAUUUUACCAUUUUCUACCAGAUUAUUUUUCUUAGUCAUUAUUUCUCAUAAUCACUUUUUUUUGUCAUUUUUCUGGCCUCAGAAGUAGGACUGAAUUCUGCUCUUGCUAGGUGUGAGAAAGUGGUGGGGACUUUAAAGUAGUAGGGUUUGUUUCCUAAUGUGUACUUUGAGAAGUGCCCCUGAGAAAAUCAUAAGAAUGUAGAAAAUAUACCCAGUCUUAAUCCUAUGCAAAAAAACUUAAGUAAUUUUUUUCCUGAGAGGAAAAUCAUCAUGGGCUGAAUCGUACUAUUUAGCUUUUGUGUGCAGAUUUCAUAUGUCUCCUUUAUUAAGAAUAUUUAAAAUCAUGUUUAAAUAAGAUUAUAUUCAUGCUGACAUAUAUUUUUCAAAGCAUAUAUGGAAAUUUAGCCCAGAUUGUCUACAUGUAGAGAUUUUUAUUUAAAUUUUAAAAUAUUUUAAAGUAUGAAGAAACUAUAUUUAUAGGCAUUUAUUGGAGAUAAUUAUUUUGUGCUACAUACAGGAUUGGCUAGUGAGCUCCAGUAUCAAACUACCUGAUUAAUUUCUUAUAAAUUAGCCUAAUCUUGACUUAAGGAAUUUUACUUUCAAAAUUAAUUUGUUAGUAAUUUAAGGUAUAUUCAUACUUACAAAUUAUGAAAUUUAUUUGUGUAAAAGGGCUUCAAGAAUAUAUCAUAUCUGAUUUUUGUAUUGUUUAUCUCUUACAUAAAAUGAUAAAAUUUUAAUUCUUUUUAACUGCCUUUUACCAUUAAACUAUGUCAUAAUAAAUUCUGAACAAAGAGUUUUGCCCCCCAAUAGAGUUUUAUUUGUGAAAGGUGUUUUCUUAUAUGAUAUUUUAAAUAAAAUUCCCAAAAUGUAACUCAUAACUAUUUCUUUAGUAAUACUAUGAACAUUGAACCUGUGUCAGUCUAUAGAAUCUCUGUUUUGAUGUAAGUAUUCAAACAGCCUAAAAUUUGGUGUUGAAAUUAUUUUGUGAAUUCUGACUUAAAAGCAUUGCU